UCGUCCAACGCCAUGGAUACGCUAUUUUACCGACUUAACCAAAGAGUUCCCAUUGUACAGCUCCACUAUGAUCCAGCCACGAUAAACCAGAAGCUACUCCUCGCACACGUCCAGCCGAUUGUGCAGCGCAACCCCUACUAUAUCAAGCUCUUCUUGAAGAGGUUUAUGGAUGUGUGCGAGAAGCAGGACAUUGAGUUGCUAGAUGCAUUUUAUGAACUCUACUGCGAUUUGCUUCCGUCCCAGGAAAUGAAGCCCACCGACGUGGACGUGGUGUCGUACUGCGUUGGAGGAAACGUCGGGGACAACGAGUUACGGGACAGGGUGAUCUACAUGCGGGAAAGCCCCAAGCUCAUUAGCGGUAACGGGACCACAGGCUUACGGACCUGGGAAGCCGCCUUGUACCUUUCUCGGUACUUGCUCUCGCAUCCAUCAUUGGCCAACGCCAAAACCAUCUUGGAGCUAGGCACGGGAACCGGGGUCGUAGGCCUUGCGCUCAGCAAGUUUACCCAUGCUGAAAAAGUGAUUCUCACUGACGGGGACUCCAAUCUUCUCGAUAACCUAAGCUUCAAUUUAAGCCUAAACAAGCUAGCCUUAGGACCAGAUCUCUCCACCCAGCGCUUGUGGUGGGGUUCCGAAGCAGGCGACAAAGUUCCAGCCAAUGACUUGAUUGUCGCUGCUGACGUCACGUACGACUCCUCGAUCUUAGAAUCACUCCUCUACACCAUCAGAGACUCUUUCUCCAAGCACGCCCGGAGUAGGGAAGCAUUGAUUGCCGCCACAAUCCGAAAUACCCACACUAUGCAGUGCUGGGAUGACCUUUUGGCCAAGUAUCAAGAAAGCGGGGAAAUAGUGUGGACGGUGUUGGACCUGUGCGGCGAGCCUUCGCUGCUUUCCCUGAUAUCAAAAUGUUGGUUCAGCCCGGGAACACCGGAAAUUAGAAUCUACCAGAUCAAGAAGCCUUAAUUCCGGUCCUUAUGUAACAUAUGAAUAAGCCCCUAUUUCCAGUAAGGGCAACGGGUAUAACGUUGGCAUCUAUUGUGGUAAAUUACUUGCCCUUAGAUAAGGUGACAGUCUACUAUGUAUAUUCGUUGAUUAUAAUACUAAGGACAAUUAAAAGCGA